UAAAGGAUAUAGUGGGAAAGAGCUGCUUGAAUUUUUCUUAGUUUUAAUCAUUUUUAGUCUUAAAGUAAAUCUAAGUAUUUGUGAGUGUGUCCUGCAUGCAAAUAUUAUCCAGAAAUUUCUUUUUCCAAGGGUUAUUACUGAACAGUGCUGUUUAAUUGAAAGUAGGGGAGGAAUUCAGGAACAUCUCAUCACCUCCAUUGUGUCUUGGUUUUUACUUGGUGCAUUUGGACUGUAAACACUUGGCUGUCUGGGAUGCCCUUUGUUGUUCUCACUCAGCACAAGGGAUGUUGAUCCUGGGCUGCAAACUCAGGGAAGAGGUGCUGAGUGGGCUGCCCUCUCAUGAGCUGUGUGAUGAGGAUGGGAGGAUCAGAGUGAGACUUGUGGCUCCCGAGGACCAGCACCCCUUCCUCUGCACCCCUGGCCUGCCCUGAACAGCUGCUUUCCCUGGAUCUGCCUUCAUUUAUUUUUUGGGAGCCAGCAGCAUUGUAGCAUUGCAGAUGGACUGCCAAACACCUGGUACAAGACAAGGAAACCUGCAUGGGUGUCAACAAUCAAAGUUACAUAUGUGAAACGGGCCACUGUUGUGGACAAUCCCAGUGUUGCAACUACUACUAUGAACUCUGGUGGUUUUGGCUGGUGUGGACCAUCAUCAUCAUCCUCAGCUGCUGUUGCGUUUGCCAUCACCGCCGCACCAAGCACCGCCUGCAGGCGCAGCAGCGGCAGCACGAGAUCAACCUGAUCGCUUACCGCGAGGCCCACAACUACUCAGCCCUGCCCUUCUAUUUCCGGUUUUUGCCAAACUAUUUGCUACCUCCCUAUGAGGAAGUGGUGAACCGACCGCCGACCCCCCCGCCCCCGUACAGUGCCUUACAUCAGCAGUGUGUCCCAGCAGGCAGCAGUAGCACAAUCCCGGACACGCCCAGGACCCUGCAGCCAGCACAGAGCAGCUCUGCAGCACCCAGCAGCAAUAACAGCAGUACUGACGGCAGCGCGGUGCCCGGCCGCGGGGACCCCGAGCCCUCCACCACCGUGCUGGGCGAGAGAGCCGUCGCCAAAAUGCAAAGCGUGGAGCCCGGCGGUACCAGCACAGGGGCCGAGCUGGUGGAGAGGGCCGGUCCUGAUAAGGAUACGGAGUGCAAGGAGGAACUGCUGAAAGGUUACAGCUCUGAGAGCUUGGAGCAGAGCAGCGCCAUUCCCGACGCCAAGGACAAGACCCCGGGCAGGCAGCGCCGUUUCACCGGCGACUCGGGCAUAGAGGUCUGCGUAUGCAACCGGGGUCAUCACGACGACGACCUCAAGGAGUUCGACGGGCUCAUCGACGACGCUCUGGACGGGCCCCUGGACUUCUGCGACAGCUGCAGCGGCCGUCCCCACGGGGACGAGGAGGAAGGGCUUUUCAGCGGCACGGAGGAGCAGCACCGCGAACACAGCCACCACCACCUGCCCCGGCAGCCGGUGUGUGUACUCUUGAACACAAUAAAUGAGCAGGACUCUCCAAACUCUUGUACCAAUAACUCCCCCAGCUAAGGUGCAGAGUGGAAGGGAGAAUCGGGGGAAAAAAACAAAUAAAAAUGGAAUAAGAGGAUUAAAACUUUAACAGGAGGAAAAGGUGAUACAACCUUCUUUUUUUUUGUUUAUUUUUCUUUCUCCCCUCCAAUACAAUAUGGGGACUAGACCUCGAAGGCCCAGCUUGUGGGGGACGGGUCACUCUGGGUUUUGUUAAUCGUAUCUGCCCUGUUCCGUGGAGCAGGGACUGAUGUUUCUCAAUGAGACCUUCUAAAGAAUGGAAUUUUUCCAACGGUGAUUUUGGUGAUGGUUAUUAUGAGUUUGUUGGUUUUAGUUUUCCGAAACACUGCUUUAUCUUGCAAUCAGUAAAACUCAGCAAAUCUCACCCUGGGAGGAUACCACAUCACCAUAAGGCUUCAACCUCCAGGUGUCUUCCCAGAAGCAAGCAGCUUCUGAAAGUGCCGGCAGUCAGUAGCCCAAGAGUUCUGGUUUGAUAUAAUGCUCUUGAGGCAUUGGGGAUUUCUUUUCUUUUUUUUUUUUUUUUUUUUUUUUUUUUCCUGAUGUUAAGUUUCCCUGAACUGGUGAAUGCCCAAACACAUCAGCCCUAUAACCUCUGGUGCUUCAGUGUUUAAUACAGCAGGUAGGAAAUUUCCCACUUGAAGCUGGUGACUGAAGGACCAGUUUCUUCUAGAAGGAGUGUUAGUCUACCUUAGGCAGUUUGAAAAGAAAGGGUUUGCAGAAAUUUGCCUUUAUGUGUCAUUUUUAAACACAAGCGUGUUCCUUCAAUGCCUCCAAGAGCACAGUUAGCAGUAGAAUCCAGGCAGCUGGGCUGCCUUCCAAGUACUGUGGUCUCCGAAUGACCUUUUCCCGGUGUGCUGCAAAAGGGCUUGGCUUUAUUUUUGUCCUUUUUUUGCACCCCGAUAGCAGCACACUGGAGUUCAGAUGACAAAAGAACAGGGCUCUCCUUGGCCAGCGUGCCUUCAAGCUUUAGCGAUGCAUGUUGAACAAAUGGAGACGAGAGCUCCGUCCAUGGCGAAAGGGAUGAUUUACCUUGUAGAUGUGGAAGACCUGUGCAGUAUUUUUUUUUUUUAUCCAAAAAUUUGGUGCGAUUCUAAUGAUGACCACUUAAAGAAAUGAAUGUCUGUUUUCUUUCUUUUCGGUUUUUUUUUAAUGGUGGCAACUGGCUACUGUAUAAUGUCUGUGAGCGUGUGUGUGUGACUGCAAUCCAUGCAUGCGAGUCCUACUGGUAAUAUGAAAACCUGCUGUAAGACUGCAAGAAAAUUUACUGUAGCUUUGCUUUAAUAAACAGUAGAGAUUUUUGUUAGUAACAACCUGAAGGAAGAAACAAAAAAAAAAAAAAAAAAAAAAAGGAAGAACUGAAAAUAACAUUCCCUAGAGUGCUCAUGUGGAAGAGAGCACAGUUCAGACUAUGUAACUUGUUCUCGGGAUUUCUCCCCGUCCCUUUUAUAAUUAUGGUCAUCCAGAUCAUUACUGUUAUGGGGAAAAAAACAUUGAAACCUGAACUUGGACGUACUCAGAUCUGAUUAAUUGAAAACCAAAAUCAGUUUUAACUAAGGUGGAAACCAAAAUAUAAUGCCUUUUCUGAUAA